AUGGCAGAAGGAGAAAAGUCUGGCGACGAAAGAUUGGCUUGUGAUGAGGAGCAGCCAUCCACAAGUAGCAGUAGAAAAAGUAGAGGCAGAGUGCGCAGUCAGAGCGCGAGGGAGAGAGGUCAGGAGGAGGCUGGAGGCUCCGGUGACUCGGUCAGGGACCGCAGCCGCUCUCCUCACGAAUGCAGAUGGAGGAGUGAGAGUGAGCCUGAUACAGAAGCACCACCACCGCCAAAGUUCAUCCCAAAAAGAACACCUGGUGUUCAACCGCCCCUCAAUAUGGGGAACCCUUCGCCCCUGGAGAUAUUCUCUAGUUUUUUUGACACAGCAGUGCUCAAUCUCCUGUGUCACAACACUAAUAAAAAUGCAGCUGGAAAAAUUGCACAAGGCAAGAGGUUCAUGUGGAGGGAUACAACUGCAGAAGAUAUGAAAAAAUUUAUUGGGAUGCUACUUUUCAUGUCUGUUGUGCACCUCCCCAAACUGAGUGAUUAUUGGCGCAAAGGCACUGCAUUCCAAGUUCCAUUUCCUGCCACCAUCAUGCCUCGAGAUCAGUUCAUGUCCAUUUUAUCAUGCAUUCACAUGAGUGACCCUGAGGAGGACAAAAUACAGGAGGAGAAAAAGGGCACAAGGGACUAUGACCGUCUCCACCGCGUCAGACCACUUAUGGACUUGAUUUCCAUGAGGUGCAAGGCCAUUUACCAUCCAAGGCAGCACCUUUCGGUGGAUGAAAGGAUGGUUGCAACCAAGGCCAGGCUUGGCAUCAAGCAAUAUAUGAAGGCCAAGCCCACAAAGUGGGGCCUGAAGUUUUUCGUGCUAGCUGAUGUAAACGGCUAUACCAUUGACUUUCAGCUUUACACAGGCAAGGCAGAAAUCUUUUCAGGACACGGGCUUUCAUUUGAUGUUGUUUGUUCUCUGGUGCAGAAGUCCUACCUUGGAUCUGGAUACGUUAUCUAUAUAGAUAAUUUUUAUACCAGUCCACUCCUCUUCAGACAUCUCAGGCAGCUUGGUUUUGGUGCGUGUGGGACAUACAGAAAGGGGAGAGUCGGUGUCCCCACAACCCAUGAAAAUGCCCUCACCAAAAAAUCCCCGCGUGGCAGUAUCAGAUGGAUCAGGGACAGAGAUCUCCUCUACAUCAAAUGGAUGGACACAAGAGAGGUCUCCAUGUGCUCCACUCUUCACUCUGUUUACAGUGGGGACGUAGUGGAGCGUUGGGAGAAAGGUCCCGAUGGGACAAAACAAAAGGUUUCUGUCCCCAGGCCCACCACUGUCACAGAGUACAAUAAACAUAUGGGAGGAGUGGACACUUCAGACCAAAUGAUUACAACAACCUCAGUCCACAGGAAAACAAUGAGGUGGACCACCACUGUGUUUCAGCACCUAAUUGACAUUGCUGCGACAAACUCUUUUGUUGUUCACAAAGAACAAUGCAGCAUCAUGCAGCAGAAGCCAAGGACAAGGCAGGCCUUCACAGAGGAGCUUGCUGUGUCCCUCAUGGGAGCUGCUUUGAAACUUGAGCCUCAAAAGGCUCCAGCCUGA